CAGCCGGAUGUAUUGUUGAAGGGAGGACUCUGACUGGUGCGCGACAGCACUAACAAAGUAACGGUAACCUAGAACAUAUUGUUUCUAUUAUUUUUGUCGGUAUAUUCCUAUAUUCACACAAUCUGACCAGUAGGAUAGUGUAAAUUAGAUUACAGAAAUUGGCUCCGACGACGGAUUUUAUUAAAGCGAGGAAAUAGGCUACCAAGCGGUGAAAAAUCCGUUUCUCGUGUUCUUUGAAACGUCGGGAAUCAACGCUCAGCCUCCCAUUGAACCGCUACACCGGCCGGCAUGUCUUACCAAGGCAAGAAGAACAUUCCCCGUUUGUCGGUAGGCACUCCUCGUUCAUCGACUGAUCGCCUCAUUAUCAAAGGAGGAAAGAUUGUUAAUGACGACCAGUCGUUCUACGCAGACAUCUAUGUGGAGGAUGGCACCAUCAAGCAGAUUGGUGAGAACCUUUUAGUUCCAGGAGGGGUGAAGACGGUUGAUGCCUACGGACACAUCGUGAUCCCCGGUGGCAUCGAUGUGAACACCAGCCUCCAGACCUCCCAGCUGGGAAUGAUCCCUUCAGAUGACUUCUACCACGGGACCAAGGCUGCCCUGGCUGGGGGCACCACCAUGAUCAUUGACCAUGUGGUCCCUGAGCCUGGAGCCAGCCUCCUGGGGGCCUACGACCAGUGGAAGGACAUAGCAGACAGGGGGUCCUGCUGUGAUUACUCCCUCCACAUGGACAUCACCCGCUGGCACGACGGACUCUUUGAAGAGAUGGAGAGUCUCGUGAAGAAUAAAGGAGUCAAUUCCUUCUUGAUCUUCAUGGCUUACAAGGACAAAUUCCAGAGCUCAGAUAGUCAGAUGUAUGAGAUGUUUGGUAUCAUUAGAGACCUGGGCGCCAUCGCUCAGGUUCACGCUGAGAACGGAGACAUCAUUGACGAGGAGCAGAAGCGACUACUGGAGCUGGGGAUCACUGGGCCUGAGGGACAUGUGCUGUGUCACCCAGAGGAGGUGGAGACAGAGGCAGUGUACCGGGCCAUCACAAUCGCCAAGCAGGCCAACUGUCCUCUCUACAUCACCAAGGUGAUGAGCAAGUCGGCUGCUGAUGUCAUCGCCAAGGCCAGGAAGAAGGGCAUGGUGGUUUAUGGCGAGCCAAUCACAGCCAGUCUUGGGACAGACGGAUCACACUAUUGGAGUAAGAACUGGGCUAAGGCUGCAGCAUUCGUCAUGUCCCCGCCCCUCAGCCCAGACCCCAGCACCCCUGACUACCUCAACUCCCUGCUUUCCUGUGGAGACCUUCAGGUGACGGCCAGUGGCCACAGCACCUUCUCGACGGCCCAGAAGGCUGUUGGGAAAGACAACUUCACCCUCAUCCCUGAAGGAACUAACGGCAUCGAGGAGAGGCUAGCCAUCGUCUGGGAGAAGGCUGUGGCGACAGGCAAGAUGGAUGAGAAUGAAUUUGUUGCAGUGACGAGCACCAACGCUGCCAAGCUGUUCAACCUGUAUCCUCGUAAAGGAAGGAUCGCUGUGGGGUCAGACGCAGACAUCGUGAUCUGGAACCCCAAGGAGACCAAGACCAUCUCAGCCGCAACCCACGCACUGACAGUGGAGAUUAACAUAUUUGAGGGCAUGGAGGUCCGGGGAGCCCCGGUGGUGGUGAUCAGCCAGGGGAAGAUCGUCCUGGAGGGGGGAAAGCUGAACGUCACAGAGGGCUCUGGACGCUUCGUACCCAGGAAGGCUUAUCCUGACUUCAUCUACAAGAGGAUCAAAGCACGCAGCAAGAUGGCUGAUGCCCGUGGCGUCCCCCGAGGGAACUAUGAUGGACCGGUCCAUGAUGUCAUCAGCAUGACUAAGUCAGUGCCGGCCACUCCCUCCAGCAGGGGGCCCCAGUGCCCAGGGAAGGGCCCCCUCGGCCCCACCAGGAACCUGCACCAGUCUGGUUUCACCCUAUCCGGUAUGGGAACUCAGAUUGACGACCACAUCCCACGACGCUCAGCACAGAGGAUCGUGGCGCCACCCGGUGGCCGCUCCAAUAUCACCUCCCUGUCGUGAACCUGGGAGCUCCUUGCUCCUCACGUCUGCUGUAGGGAGAAAAAUAAAUCAACUACUGUAGCAACAACCAACUACAUCAAUCAAAACAAAUCUCACCCGGCUUCCAGAACUAAACUCAACAGUGAAACCUGAACAUGCAAUCCUCUUCUCAGAUACAACUGUAAAACAGUAUACAGAUUAGAACUACAAUUACCACUAGUAGUUACCAGUCAUUCUGUUUCUAUGGUAGACACACCAACUGGUAAAAACCCACCAACUUUAGUACUUUGAUCUGUUAUCCUUUAUCAAUAUUGUGAUCAAUUCCUCAAUCAAUUUAUCUCAUCACCCAUCAAUAGUCAACUGUCCCUGUCAGAUCUCCAUAGCAUGCACCUUAAACAGUCUCUGUCUCCUCAGGCAGACAACCGUCUCUCUCAUCGUCUCCUCAGCUUCACUAUAGCUUCACUAACAUGGUGAUAAAUGAGUCCUAGAUGAAAGUAGUUCUCUUUAGACCACAGAAUGCCUCUCAGCUCUCUCUCUCUCUCUCUCUCUCGUCGUAGUGAUGCCUGCUUCUGCUUUCGCUUCAGUGCUUCUAAGAAACUCUGUAGUUGAGUCCAACAUGGAACUCUAUUCCCUAGAUAGUGCACUAGAGGACAAAAGUAGUGCACUAUCUAGGGAAUAGAGGGCCAUUUCAGACUGACGCGAACUUGUUGUCUCUCUCUGUUGUUAUUUAGUCAUGGCUGUAGGCUCUUUAGGCUUCAUCUUACCAUCUCUUACCGUUAUGCAUGACUUUUCCUCUUCAUCGUUACUCAUUACAAAUACAACAAGGAAAUGAUGUGCGUAUUACUGUUACUGUGAACAGACUGUAGGGACAGUCCUCGAGUCACACUUGUCUUACUAUUAUUAUGGUGUUUUAUCCCAAUGCAGGUGAGCUAACUUUGCUUCCAUGGUAUAUUCAGUCAGUCAGAAUUAGAACUUCACCAAUCCUUCUAUUAAGUCAGUCAGAAUAGAACUUCACCAAUCCUUCUAUUCAGUCAGUCAGAAUAAUAACUUCACCAAUCCUUCUAUUCCGUCAGAAUAAGAACUUCACCAAUCCUUCUAUUCAGUCAGUCAGAAUAAGAACUUCACCAAUCCUUCUAUUCAGUCAAUCAGAAUAAGAACUUCACCAAUCCUUCUAUUCAGUCAGAAUAAGAACUUCACCAAUCCUUCUAUUCAGUCAGUCAGAAUUAGAACUUCACCAAUCCUUCUAUUCAGUCAGUCAGAAUAGGAACUUCACCAAUCCUUCUAUUCAGUCAGUCAGAAUAAGAACUUCACCAAUCCUUCUAUUCAGUCAGUCAGAAUAGGAACUUCACCAAUCCUUCUAUUCAGUCAGAAAAGAACUUCACCAAUCCUUCUAUUCAGUCAGUCAGAAUAAGAACUUCACCAAUCCUUCUAUUCAGUCAGUCAGAAUAAGAACUUCACCAAUCCUUCUAUUCAGUCAGAAAAGAACUUCACCAAUCCUUCUAUUCAGUCAAUCAGAAUAAGAACUUCACCAAUCCUUCUAUUCAGUCAGAAUAAGAACUUCACCAAUCCUUCUAUUCAGUCAAUCAGAAUAAGAACUUCACCAAUCCUUCUAUUCAGUCAGAAUAAGAACUUCACCAAUCCUUCUAUUCAGUCAAUCAGAAUAAGAACUUCACCAAUCCUUCUAUUCAGUCAGAAUAAGAACUUCACCAAUCCUUCUAUUCAGUCAGUCAAUCAGAAUUAGAACUUCACCAAUCCUUCUAUUCAGUCAGAAUAAGAACUUCACCAAUCCUUCUAUUCAGUCAGUCAGAAUUAGAACUUCACCAAUCCUUCUAUUCAGUCAGAAUAAGAACUUCACCAAUCCUUCUAUUCAGUCAGUCAAUCAGAAUAAGAACUUCACCAAUCCUUCAUGUCUACAUAGGAGGUACAGGGAAGCCCAUAUCAUCUGUAUACUGGAUCUGUGUUUUUGUCUUUAUAGCACAGCCAUGUUCCACUGUCAUCGUGUGACUUUUAUAUUUUUGUAUAUAAAGACCAAACAUCCUGGUGCUUUGAAACUCUAGCCUGGUUCAGCCAUACUGAAUGCUCCACUGACUUGGUGAAACAGAGCAUAGCAGUCAGGAUUCCAGGCUAUUGAACACCCACGUUGUAGCCAAGAUACACAGGGAUACGUGGAGCUGUGAACAAUAAAACAGUGGUUUUAAAAGUCUUUCGUUUUUUUUAAACCCGACUCUUAUUUGUAAUGAUUUUAUUUUAUUUUCUACCAUUUCCUUUCUCUCUUUGUAGACUUCACGUUUGUACUUUUUCAUGGUCCAGUUGAGAAAGUGAACUUUUUGUUGUUGUGGUUUGUUGCCUAAAUAGACCAACAACAUUAACGUUGUUCUUGUUCAACUCUCUUGUUCAACAGUGUUGUGACUCAGUCAGUCUUUGGAAAGGUUGUUUGCAUUCGUUAAGUGGUCGAUUUUUAGUCUUUUUCUACUGUUUCUGUGUCCAAUGGAAAUAGGAUUUGUGUCCCGAAAGCUAAUGUAAGCAUGUCCUGAAUAAAGUUUGAGGGGGAAAAGUGUAA